UACCUUGGUACGUUGUGGUGAACGGACUGUCGCUCGCUCGCCCUUCCCCCUUAUAGUCUGACGAUUGCCCUCCUCUCGCUCUCUUGCUUCUGUCUCUCCUUCAUCCCUUGAGUCUUAAGCGAAUGCGUGAACAGCGCCAAUUCUCUCGCCUGUGGAUGGAGUCGUCGCGAAGUUUUGUCUGCUGGUGAUAGUGGGAAAAAAGGAAAAAACAAAGGAAACGGUGGAAAUUAACUGCCAGUCGAACAUCAGUGUGAUUUGGGAUAAGGCAGCAGGAGAAAGACAUUAAAAAAAAAAAAAAAGCGCGUGAAGAAAGACUGAUAGGAAUAUAUCACUAUAUAGAAUGGAAGAGAGCGAGACAUUAUCAUAUCAUUGCUAUGAAAUACCAAACAGUGGUAGAUGCCCAAAGGAAAUAAUUUUUAAAUGACCAAUUCUUUAGGAAAAAUAUAUACUUUGAGAUAUAUUAGUUAUUAACAACAAAUGUAUUGUGAUUUGAAUUAAUAAAGUUUGUGCCAAGUUAGUGUCCUGAGAAUUAUAUUUUGGUAACUGGGGAGGCAGUGUUUAUGAAAUUAAUAUAUGACUUAGUCACAGGAAUAUAAACACGAUUAAUUGCUGUUGUCCGUAAAUAGUUAUACUGUAUAAAUAUUGAGAGAACGAAGAUGCCUGGAAAUAACGUACAGUGCAAUAGUUGCUAUCCGUGUUGAUACUAUCCGUGUUGUAAGUGUCCUGAAGUUGGUGAUUUAUUGUAGUCUGGCUAAUUGUUUAUGAAUAUCAUUAGUUCGGUACCUCAUGCUCGGCCAAAACAGGCCAACAAAAACUUUAGGUGCAGCCGCGGAGGAAAUUGUGGUGAUGCUGUCUUAGCUGACCUCUCUGUGGCUCCCUGAGCAACUUCAGAACAGACACAAAUUCGUUGUGUUCAAAGCCAGUACUGGGACCAUACAUGUAUGACUGGAAGGCGCCUCACACUGCCGCCCCAGGGGCUCCGGUACCCUUGCGGGGGUGCUGUGCAGCCACCUGCUACCCCCAUCAGCACCCCGGGAGUGGAAUACUUUCUCGCGAGAUCCUUGCGGACAACAGUAAGCGCUCGAACCUCCAGUUUCUCUCUGACGCUCAAGGCGUUGUUUUUCUUGAUGCUCACCUUGUCCCCGGGUGUGAAGGCAGCGGUCGGUGUCGCGACAAACCCCUCGUUGGCUGUACCAGUUGCUCAAGACAUUCGCUUUGGCAGGGACCACAAUUUCCGCCCACAACAAAGCCAUGUGUCGUCGAGGACGCACUAUGCCCAGGCCUCCUCGCCCCCUCGCCCGCCCUCACACGAAACCAACUCCAAGCAGACAGGCCAGAGUGCGGUGUCAAACACGGUCACCAGAAGCCCAGCAGAUAUGUGGUCUACUUCUCAUCGAACAGCCGCCCAAGCGAAUGCAGGCGGGCCCCCCUCCUCCUCCUCUCUUCCCGUGCUAGAGCCUCAUCCUCGGGGCCAGACACCCUUCGCAGGCUCUCGGCAGCAGUGGGGAGAAAGUGGACCCAUAGCAUCGCCGCUGACUCAUUCAUUAGUCGGGGAAUUAGAUAGUGGGGAAGAGUGUGUACCCUGCCAUUAUGGUAUGUAUAAAUAUCCUUCGGGGAAAAGUUACGGCAGUAGAGCCAAGUAUGUCGCCUCAUCAGAUCGCCUGGAGGCGCCCCGACACACGUUUGUCGAUAGUGAUGGAUACAGAGGGAAAACGUCUGCCGGAACAAACGUGCAUAACAGGGUGAAUUCAAACCACCUCGAAGAGGAUGUAAAGUUUAGUCCUAAGGGUCUACAUGGGGGGGACAGACCCAAUAUCUGGCCAUCCCAAAGCGGCCAGAAGUCACAAAACCUCCAGGAUGAAAAUCUCUGGCCAUUUCUUCCCGGCACCCAAGCGUUUGGGAACCAUAGAGACAAGAUAAAGCUUAAUCUUGACUCGGAUGAAACGCGUGAGGAUGCAAGGGAAGAACUCCACAUAAAAGCGGCAGCGGCGUCCAAUUUUUAUCAUUACACGAACGCGAAAACUUCCAGAAAAUCUCGGCAGCGAAAAGCACCAUCCAAACUAAUUUACACCCGCGAUAUGAGACGUGAUUCACGGUUCAAAGAAUCCCCAUACCACCCCGCAUUAACGUCCUCCACACUCACGAAAAAGGGCGCACAUCGCUCACCAGAGGACGGGUCGUCGUCCAGAAACAGGAACGGCGAAUUUUUAGUCGAGUUCGGACUGGGUCAGACGGAGGAGGAGGAGGGGGAGGAGGAGGAGGACGAGGGAGACGAUUCGCUGUGGAGCAACGGCAUGGGACAGACCGAGGGGGUCGUCCUUGAUAACGACAACGGCGACCGUAAAGAGCAGGAGAAGUUCCAAGCUAGGGAUAGGGAUUCAGUGCAAUCGGGACACCCAAACGAAGGAGGAUUUCCCCCAAGAGACAGCUUAGUGAGCGGCGGAGAAAGAACGACCAGAUUUAAGGAGGAGAAGCACCCACUGGUUACUGAUUACGGCCGCAUAAACUUCGGAAGAUCGUUGCGCUACCGGAGGGAACGUACAGACUCCGGAAAUAAUGUGCUGGUUCUUCCUGACGCGGAACAACGUGACGUGACGGUGGUGGAGGGCGGGCUGGCGGCGCUGCCCUGUGACCUUUCCCGCGAUGACCCCGAAGACGCCGUUCAGCUUAUUCUUUGGAUGAAGGAAGGAAUUAUCACCCCUAUAUACAGUUACGACCACCGCGAACUGCAGGCUGGACGACCCAAGCAGACCAAACCGGAUGCCAACACGACCUUAGCCAGGAGAACGACCUUUAGGGCUGACACAUCCCCUGCUGCUCUGCUGAUCGAGAGGGUUGAUGCUGAUGAUGGGGGCAUCUAUCGCUGUAGGGUAGAUUAUCUACUUUCCCCGACACAGAACAAGAAGGUUAAUCUGACUGUUAUCGUGCCACCAAGCCGAGCCCGAGUCGCGUGGCACCUCGGGAACUCGGGAAUGAUGCCAGUGGAGAACGGAGUGGCAGGACCCUUUCAGGAAGCCACGCAGCCUGUCCUCACCUGUUCGAAUGAUGACGGUUGGCCGCCCCCUGCAGUUUUGUGGUAUGAGGGAGAUAAGGUCCUUGACGAUACCUUCGAGGUCGAUGAGAACGGAGCUACGGUCGAGAAUGAGCUGAGACUCGGUUCCUUGAUCCGAGGAGACCUGGGGCGGCGUCUCACCUGCAUUGCAACGAACACCAACAAGACUCAGCCUGCAACGACUACAAUCACCAUAGCAAUGACAUUGGGCAUCGUGAGUGUAAGAGUGGAAGAGGUGCCUCCAGUGUGGGCAGGGGAGAGAGCCGAAGUGCAGUGCAAAGUGUGGGGAUCACGCCCUCCGCCCACUGUGGUGUGGUGGCUGGGAUCGGUCAUGCUCUCCCCCACACAUACAAAGGUCAUGGACGACAGCAAUAUGACGAUGUCCACGCUGCACUUCACGCCCCAGCCCCAGGACGACGGCGCGAUGCUCAUCUGCCAAGCGACCAACGAGAAACUUCCCGACCAGGCGGUGCAGGACUCGCGCUUGCUCACUGUUAAUUAUGCUCCCUUGGUCGACGUUCAGUUGGGUCGUUCCCUUGACCCGCUUCGUAUCAAAGAGGGAGAUGACGUCUACUUCGAAUGCACAGUGAGGGCGAAACCCAAUAUCUUCAAGGUGGAAUGGAAGCAUAACGGUGUCAAGCUAGAGACGGGUGUCGGCGUGUUCGUGUCGAAUAUGUCCCUCGUUGUGCAGAGAGUCACCCGAGCUCACGGCGGCGACUACACGUGCGAGGCUACAAAUGUCAAGGGAACAUCUUCCUCCCCGCCUCUCCACCUGGAUGUGAAAUAUGCGCCUGUUUGUGCAACGCAGCAAAAGAUGCAACACUCGGUGGCUAAGAUGGAAAAUGCUGAGAUCUCUUGCAAAGUGCACGCCAAUCCUCCUAAUGUAACCUUCCGCUGGACUUUCAAUAAUACGGCCGAAGCCAUCGAUGUUCCGGAAGGAAGGUUCGGCGUGGUGGGUACGGAGUCGAGGGUAAACUACACGCCUAUGAACGAGCUAGACUAUGGCACUCUCCUCUGCUGGGCCAACAAUUCCAUCGGCAUCCAGAGCCAGCCUUGUGUCUUCCAUAUAGUAGCGGCUGGCAAGCCGGACCCGCCGCACAACUGCCGUGUGUUCGACGUCACAAUCAGCUCCUUGCAGGUGACGUGCCUGGCGGGGGAUGAUGGCGGACUGACUCAGAACUUCCUCCUGCAGGUGUACCAAAUCGGCUCGAGUUCCCCCGUGGUGGAGGUCACCCGCCCGUCUCCCUCCUUCAGCGUCGCCAACCUCCGCCCUGCCAACGCCUACAAGAUCAUUAUCGCCGCCAUUAACGACAAGGGCGCCUCUCAGGUGACCGAACUGAAGGCUUACACCGUCAAGGUUCCCGAGACGCAGGAGGAGACGAGCGCAGAGCCGACGCGCGACAGGGGGCGUGGUACGAGCGUGCCUCUGGCGGUGAUGGUGGGCGGCGGGCUGGCUGCAGUGCCAGUUGUGGUGGUGGCAGCUGUCCUCAUCUGGCUCAGGGUUUGUCGUAGGGCUGGUGGAAAUGGUGGCAGCGAGGACGGUAGCUCGGAGGGCAGGGACCGACGGCCCUCCAGCCACAGCAAGGACGGCGGCUCCACGGACCUGGCGUCGGAGGUCACGCAGGCGGACGAGAGGAACCCAGACAUCAUCUCUCACACUCCUGAUCCGACCGAGUGUGUGGAGAAAUGCGGAGACAUCGCUACCAUAUCGACAACUUCGUCAUUUUAUCUACCCAAUGGCGGUCCAAAAUAUCCAUCUGCUGCUGCAACAGCACCUGUGGCCUCGUCUGUGGCUCCUGUUGUCACACCUGCCCCUACGACGGGGGGCGUGAUGGAGUACCCGCAGAUCGUGUGUUCGGAACCCAGCCUCUCCCAUGUUCCUGUUCAUUCCCACGCCCAUACGACAGGUCACACGGGCAUCAUCCCCCGCGCCCACACUGCAGCUCACGCCCACACUGCAACUCACGCCCACUCGCCCCCUUGCGGUACUAAUGUUGUCACUUCGCAAGUGCCUUAUUUUCCUGAGGGACAACAGACGCAAGUUAUGGACGUGCCCUUGCCACCCCCCUUGUCCUACAAUCAGGGUUACCAGCCUAGCGAGCACGACUACCAGCCCGCUAGCAGCCAGUGUUACUCCACCUUAGAACGUAAGAGACACCAGCAGGGCUGUCCGCAGCAGGGAUUUCAGCACAUCACUGGCUUUCAGGCUGAGGCUCUGCACUACGAGGCGAGUCAGCAGCCCGCCUUUCCUCACCUCUACCAGACUCCGGCGGGGAAUUACUCGCAGACGCCCCACGGGUCCCAGUACAGCUUAUCCCAGUACCAGGGCGCACUCGUCCAGGGCGGCCACCCGUCGAUGGACUCCCCUUCGCAGAGCCACCAGGGCACCCUCAGGAGGGGGUCGUCGAAGAAAGGCCCCAAACCGGAGCCUCCCCUGGCGAGCGUCGCGGCGCCCCCGAUGGCCUCCGUGCACCACCACCAUCAGUGUGACAUCCACGGCCCUCAGGGGGCCCUCGGGGGCGAGUCGAGUGGCACUCUGAGGAGAGGCAGACGGGAGGGCGAAGGGCGGACGGAUCCUCGGAGUUCCGCAGACGGAGUGGAGCUGUCGGGGGAGAAGUCGAGCGCCCCGACGCCCUCGGCCAGUAGGAAAAACAAGCGGGAGAGUGCCGUGUGAGGACGGGCUACGGCGAGCAGGGUGCCUCGUCCUGCGCCAGACAGGUCGCUCAGCUCCGUCGUGGCCGUGGCGGUCGUUCUGAGUGAAUCCCGUUCCGGUGAGGAGACUUUGGGGUUCGUGUUCGUGGAUGAACUUCCCGGUUCUUAAAAUAGCAAAUAAAUGUGUUGUAUGCACUUGAUCGUAUAUAACUGUUCAUUAUAUGAAACAAUAAAAAUGUAUCAUGCUAAAACGAAAGGAAUUGAUACAUAAAUGUUUAUAUGUAUGGUCACACACACACACACACACACACACACACACAUAUAUAAAUAUAUAUAUAUGUAUAUAUACAUACAUACAUACAUAC